ACUUACAUCGUGUAACAACAGAGACAGAGCGAGAGACAGGGUACAAGGAAGAGCGGUUACAAAAGGUGCGGCGGCGGCGGCACCAAAUCGAAGUGAAUUAGGGCGAACCGAACCGACGGUGGGUGGUGGCAAUGGCGGCGGAGGAGCAGAUUGAGUUCAGGGUUUACAAUUCCAUGACUCAUGAGAAGGAGAUCUUCAAGCCCAAAGUCCCCGGCAAGGUUUCCAUGUACGUUUGUGGUGUCACUGCCUACGAUUUCAGCCAUCUCGGUCACGCUCGUGCCGCCGUUUCUUUUGAUAUCCUCUUCAGGUACCUUAAACACUUGGGCUAUGAGGUGACAUAUGUACGCAAUUUCACUGAUGUUGAUGACAAGAUUAUUAAGCGAGCAAAUGAGACCGGGGAGGAUCCUUUGAUGCUAAGCAAGCGUUUUUGCAAUGAAUAUGAUGUUGAUAUGUCUGGUCUUCAGUGUGAGAGACCAUCUACGGAGCCUUGUGUUUCAGAUCACAUUGAGAAGAUAAUCGAGAUGAUACAGCAGAUUAUCAAAAACGGCUAUGCAUAUGAAGUUGAUGGUGAUGUUUUCUAUUCUGUCACUGAAUUCCCAAGUUAUGGCAUGUUGUCUGGACAAAGGCUAGACCAUAAUAGAGCGGGAGAACGAGUUGCUGUCGACACCAGAAAGCGUCAUCCUGCUGAUUUUGCAUUGUGGAAGAAGGCUAAGCCGGAUGAGCCUCGGUGGCCCAGCCCUUGGGGUGAUGGAAGGCCUGGGUGGCACAUUGAAUGCAGUGCAAUGAGUGCUUGUUAUUUAACUCAUAACUUUGAUAUUCAUGGUGGUGGGAUUGAUUUAAUAUUUCCUCAUCAUGAAAAUGAGAUUGCACAGAGCUGGGCUGCAAACAAAGAGAGCAAUGUCAGCUAUUGGAUGCACAAUGGGCAUGUCACUAACAACAAUGAGAAGAUGUCAAAAUCCUUGGGCAAUUUUUUCACCAUUCGUCAGAUUACAGAGCGUUAUCAUCCACUUGCUUUGAGACAUUUUUUGAUUACUGCCCAUUACAGAUCUCCGCUUAAUUACUCAAUCUCACAGCUGGAGACUUCAUCUGAUGCUAUUUAUUAUAUAUUUCAGACUCUUCAAGAUUGUAAAGAUGCUUUAUCACCAUUGCUACAAGUGGACACUGAAAGGAGUGAAAAUUUGCCUCAAAUUAAUGAGGCUGCCAAGGACUGCAUCAAGAAGUUGAGUGUUGAGUUUCAAACAAAAAUGUCAGAUGACUUGCAGACACCAGUAAUACUUAAUGGUGCUCUCCUAGAGGCCUUGAAAUAUGUGAACAGUUCUUUGAAGUUGCUGAAGAAAAAGAUGCAGAAACGGGCACAGUUGCAAUUAGUUCAAUCCCUAUUGGAAACUGAGAAAGAAGUUAGAAAAGUUUUGGAUGUACUAGGAUUAUUGUCCUCUCAAUCCUAUGAUGAGGUUCUGCAGCAGUUGAAAGGUAAGGCACUGACGAGAGCAGAUCUGGAAGAAGUUGAUGUGCUACAUCUGAUAGAAGAAAGAACUCAAGCUAGGAAAGAUAAGGAUUUCCCCAAAAGUGAUAAGAUUAGGACUGAUUUAGCAGCGAAGGGCAUUGCACUGAUGGAUGUAGGUAAUGAAACUAUUUGGAGACCAUGCAUACCAAGUUAAGCACUUAUUGCCGAAGUUGUUCAGACAGACAUCAACAUACAUCAUCAUGAAUGUGGUAUCAAUGUCCCAGCAUAGGUGUGAUUAAUACAGAACUGUGUUAUGAUUUAUUAAUACUAGAACACGAGGCUUGAACAGUGUAAAAUAUCAAUUCAAGGUUUUGACUAAGUUCCCUGAGUCCAUUUAUGGUCCUGACACUGAUAGUUUAGCUGGCUAUGACAAUUACUAAGUUUAGCCUCGUGCUGAGAUUGAGAUUUUUUAAAAUUAUUGAAACUCUUGUUUUUUACUAAAGAAAGUUCAAAUAUUAUUGUAGAAUA